UUUACGUCAGUAAAGAGGGCAGGGAGGGAAGGAGCUGAGCUACGUGACGCAUAUAACAAUUGUUUAAGAAACCCUUUAUUUAAAGAUAUUUGAAUUCAAUCUACAUAAAGUAGUAAGGCUACGGAUUUCUUUACUCGUUUGCUUGCGUAAAGUGCGCUUAAUUUUGAGAUUAUUGAGACGAACGUAAACAAACGGCCACGCUGACGUGCAGCAGAGAGAAGGACUUCUGUCGUUAUCGCAGACAUGAGAGGAGGUUCGUCCUACGGGGACAGAGACAGGGACCGUGGACGAGACAGGCCUCGGUUCGGGACCAUGAGUGGUCGCGGUGGACCCCCACCUAUGAAGUUUGGAAAUCCAGGUGAACGUCUCCGCAAGAAGAGGUGGAACCUGGACGAGCUGCCAAAAUUUGAGAAGAACUUCUACACUGAGCAUCCUGAGAUCCAACGCCUGACUCAAUACGACGUGGAAGAGUUUCGCAGAAAGAAGGAGAUCACCAUCAGAGGCACAGGCUGUCCAAAGGCUGUCACCGCUUUUCAUCAGGCACAGUUUCCUCAGUAUGUGAUAGAUGUGUUGAUGCAGCAGAACUUCAAGGAGCCCACAGCCAUCCAGUCUCAGGGAUUCCCUCUGGCCCUGAGUGGCAGGGACAUGGUGGGAAUUGCACAGACUGGCUCUGGAAAGACACUGGCUUAUCUUCUUCCUGCUAUUGUGCACAUCAACCACCAGCCCUAUCUGGAGAGAGGUGAUGGGCCAAUUUGUCUGGUGCUCGCUCCAACCAGAGAGUUGGCCCAGCAGGUUCAACAGGUUGCAUAUGACUAUGGCAAGUCUUCCCGUAUCAAAAGCACCUGUGUCUAUGGUGGAGCACCGAAAGGACCACAGAUUAGAGACCUCGAGAGGGGUGUUGAGAUCUGCAUCGCUACACCUGGACGCCUCAUCGACUUCUUGGAGGCAGGGAAGACCAAUCUGCGCCGCUGCACCUAUCUAGUCCUGGACGAAGCUGACCGAAUGCUGGACAUGGGCUUUGAGCCACAGAUCCGUAAGAUAGUUGAACAAAUCAGGCCUGACAGACAGACUCUGAUGUGGAGCGCGACCUGGCCAAAGGAGGUUCGUCAGCUUGCAGAGGACUUCCUGAGGGAUUACGUCCAAAUUAACGUUGGUGCUCUGGAGCUCAGUGCCAACCACAACAUCCUGCAGAUAGUUGAUGUCUGCAUGGAGACUGAAAAGGACAAUAAACUGAUUCAGCUGAUGGAGGAGAUAAUGGCUGAAAAGGAGAACAAAACCAUCAUCUUUGUGGAGACAAAGAAACGUUGCGAUGAUCUUACAAGGAGGAUGAGACGCGACGGAUGGCCAGCCAUGUGUAUCCAUGGAGACAAGAGCCAGCCAGAAAGGGACUGGGUACUCACAGAAUUUCGGAGUGGCAAAGCCCCCAUCCUGAUAGCGACUGAUGUUGCCUCUCGUGGUCUGGAUGUGGAGGACGUCAAGUUCGUCAUCAACUAUGACUAUCCCAAUUCCUCCGAGGAUUACGUCCAUCGUAUUGGACGCACUGCCCGCAGUACCAACAAGGGUACCGCGUACACCUUUUUCACCCCAGGAAAUCUGCGCCAGGCCCGAGACCUUGUCCGGGUGCUGGAGGAGGCCCGGCAAGCCAUCAACCCGAAACUGCUUCAGCUGGUGGACUCGGGCCGUGGAGGAGGCGGCGGCAGGAUGCGUUACCGUGGCAGCAACUCCAACAACCCCAACCUGAUGUACCAGGACGAGUGCGAGCGGCGCAUGCGCUCCAGCGGAGGCAGCGGCAAAGACAACCGCAGCAGCUUCAGCCGGGACGGCCGCAACAGCCGCGACGGGGACCGCUCCUCGUCCUCCUACAGGGACCGGAGCAGGGACCACAGGAACAGCUUCAGCUCCUCCGCCUCCGACCAGUACCAGAGCUACAGCGGCACCGGGGGCGGGGCCUACAACUCCCGCAGCGGGGGCCAGCCCAGCGGCAGCGGAGGUCAGGAUCAGCUCAGCCAGCCGCAGUUCGGCCAGGCUCCUCCUCCAGCGUCAGGAGGGCCGCAGCCUCUGAUGGCCCAGCAGUUUGUCGCACAGCAGCCCCCGCUGAUGGGCUUCAUGGGCCAACCCCCAUAUCCUUUUACCUCCCCCCCGCCUCCUCCUCCAGGCCCCCCACCACCCCGCAAGUAGGAUAUUAGUGUUCUUUGGUGUGUUCACAGUCUAAUUUUGCUUUUACUCUUGUCAGGGGUUUGAAAAGGCAUAUAUCUAAGGAGGUAAGGGCUUAUUUUUUUAUUUGUUUUGUACUUUUUAAUACACCUAACAAGCAGAGAAUAAAUCUUCAAAUGUUACUCUUUGUGUUUUCAACAAUUUUGCUCUCAGCCACAUACCAUUAAACAUUUUAUCGCUUGCGUUUUCAUUCCUAUCAAAUGUUGAACCAUUAGAUCUACUUUGUUGUACCUUUUUAAUUUGAGCUGCCAGGGAUUUGAUCAGAAGCCAUAAUGUGCAGAGGCCUCAGUGGUUGACGGUGUUUAUCUGCACGGAGAAUAAUUAAUAGAUACAGUCACAUUCCAGACUCCUGAAGUUCAAACUGUUUUAUUUAUUGCACUGACUUCAGGUUUGUUCAGCGACACAGUGAAACAACAGAUACAAGCUGUGAUACUGCUCAACCGCUCACUUAGGUUUUUCAGUGUAAGGGACUAUUGUAUUAGAUUUAGAUACACUGUCACGCAUGCUUUUACUUUUCUUCUUCUGUAGCAAAUCCAAACUGAAAUGUUUUUAUAAGCAGAGCAUUGAUUGCAUUUCAUUGUUGAUUGCGUUGUUGCUUGUUUACGCUCUUUUUACACUGUUUUCUUAAAUAAAACAAUCAAAGCCA